AUGAAGGCGCUCGCUGUCUGCGCAGCGAUCCCCGAUCCCGCGCUGCCAGGCCAUGUACGGUACGCAGUUAUACGGAGUACGGGAAGCAGGCAUGUAUGCGAGGGCAACCACGCCCCCUUCCCCUUCCCCCCCCGCGCCUGCAGCAUCGACCUGAUUUGGGGUUCGGAGGGAUCUGAGGGUACGGAAAACAACGAACGGACCAGGGGCACCAGCCAGCGUCCUGCUCCGUGCAGUCGUGCCGUGCAACAGUGCCACCACCGACAGGGCGUACGGCCAACAGCUGCUCGCUCAGGCACCGCCCUUGGUCCGAGCGUAUGUGGUGGUGGUGGUGGUGUUACUAUUGCUAUUGUUAUUCCUGCUGCUGUUGUUAUUGUUGUUGUUAUUGAUUGGUAUUGCGGUAUUGCGGUUGUGACUGCUGCUGCUGCUGCUGCUGCUGUUGCUGUUGUUGUAUUCCCCAAUCUCGCUUCGGCCCCUCAUGAAGUCAUGGUCACGUUGUCCAGCAAAACAGACUUUGCGAUAAGUAUAGAACGGAGCAAGGACCCGGCACUUUAUUUUCCAGGCUGCGAGCUGCUGCUGCUGCUCCCGUACAGGACUAAGUACGGCGCGUGCUUACGUUGGUUGUCGUCGUCGUACUGGUACAAAACACAAAAACCUUCCAUCCUCGUCACCCGUCACCUUCGUCGCCCUCGCCGUCUCGUCUCUUUCUUCUUCGCCUGUUAUCCCUACCGGCUAUCGCUCGCCCUCGGUCUUUCUCUUGAGCAUCGGACCGCAUCGUACCGCACCACAUCACGUACACUAGAUCAGCGAGCUCAACAAACUAAAUCGGCUUCCAACACUCACUCGUUCACCCAUCACCAUCAUCGUGUGUCCGCACCGACACCCACUAAUCAUUCAGAAGCAGCAGCAGCAGCAGCAGCAAUCACAACAACAACAUCAUCAUCAACAACAACAACAACAACAGCAACAGCAGCAGCAGCAGCAAUCGUUACCGCCAUCGCAGCAGCUCGAGAUAUUUCCAGACGCAACCCCAUCGAACCCCUAAUCUUUCAAUUCCCUUGGUCCCCGAGCGAUGCCGAACAUGGAGUUCUUCGAGCCAACAUCGUACCAACAGCAACAGCAACAGCACCAAUACCCCACUAUCCCGAUGCUCAGCAUGCAUACGCGACGCAUCUCUCGGCUCCAAUGAUUGCGAUAGCCAACGGGGCGAAGACGAACGACACGAAGCCCCGCCUGGCGAAAGAUGAAGUGGAUAUUCUCGAGCGCGAAUUCAAAAAGAAUCCCAAGCCGACGACGCAGACAAAACGUCAAUUUGCUGACGACAUGGGCGUCGAUCUGCCCCGGAUCAAUAACUGGUUUCAAAAUCGCCGAGCGAAGAGGAAGCAGGAGAAGAAGCAGGAAUCCUACCAAGCCGAACAGGCACAAGAAGCUCGGGGAUAUUCCGAGCCCUCCUCGCCCGACUUGUACAACAACAACGGCACGGCAUUCUACAGUGACAACACGCCCGCCGUGCCCAUGGCCCCCACCUUCUCCGGGGCGAGUGGACCCCCUCCACCUGUCGCGCCCUACAAUCCCCAGUACCGUGAUCCCGCAGCCGCCAGCAUGGAAUCCCUCGAUCGGACCAUGGCCGCUGCGGAGGCCGGUCUGGAACAGGACGAAUACAACCUGUUCGGGACCUGCCACGAUCCCCUGGCGGCCAGCUUUGGCGGCGCGAUCCCCGGGCUCUCCAGCAGCUGUGACCGAGCUCGCUUUCCCCCACCCGACGAAACGGUGGACCAGUUCAACGGCAAUCAGAGUUAUUCCUAUCCCUCGAGUUUCUCCAACAGCGUAUACCUCAACUCGUCCCCGUCUCAGUCGAUUCCCGAGGGCCAGCCCCCCGAAGAGGCCACCACCAACCACGCCCUCACCCCCUUCAUUAAUUUCCAAGACGCCUUCCCCGACGCCUCCAUGCCACAGUUGAUGGCGACGUUCCCCUCGCAACUGCUCACGGCCCAGGGCAACGAUGGGCUGCCACGGCAGAACGACAAUCAAUUCGCGCCGGGCCCGGAGCCGACCCAGGAAUCAGUCAUCGGAUUCAAGUACGAGCUGUCCGAGUCCCCAGCGUCGUCCCUCUCGCCCCCCGGACCUUCGGGUCUGUUCAGAUCCCCCCCUGCCCCCAUGGAUAUUGUAUCGCGCCGGAAAAAGGUUCAGGUCAAGCCGGCAGCACUGGUCGCUGAGACCCUCCGGGGUCGACCUGCAUCGGGUCCGAGGACGGUGUCUCACGCUGAGGGAUCCCGCGGGCCAACCGAGAGUCCUGUGCCUUCACCCAUGCGCCGGAUCGUAUCGGCGGGAGGAAAACGGAACGUGAUGUCGGGUCGCAUCUGCAAAUCGGGAGUUGAUUCCUCGCAACGAUCCCCCAUCAACCUGGGCGGCUGUGCGGACGCCGGCUCCUUUCUCGGACACAACUACCACAGCAUCCGCAAUGCGACCUCGUUCGGAGCGGGUCCGUGCCGCAAGAGCAGCCUCGCCCCCCCAACUCCGAUGUCUCCCCUGGAAAGAGAUCUGGCGCUCGCCCCCAACGACGGCACGAGGUCGACCGCCUCCCCGAGUGAAGGGGGUGUGAACUUUGUUUUCAACGCCGACCCCGGCUCUUUCCCCUCGAUCGAAGGGGAUGCCAGUCUGGUUUCCCCCCCCAAGACCCCGCACGCACAUAUGGUGGCCUCCGCGAACGAAUGGGCCGCUACCGCUAGCACCGCCGAUCUAUCCGACAAGUCCUGGCUGCAAUAUGAUGUUCCCGACGAGCCUCUCUAUACCCCAGCUCAGGACUCCUUCGCGGCAGAAAUCCACAUGCCGCAGCCCUCCUACUUGUCCUCUAUGAGCCAGCCUGUGACGCCCGCCUACGCGCAUUUCAACCUCAAUUCCAUGUUCGGGCACGGGUCGCCCCAAUUCCAGAGCCAGAGCGAAGCAUCCCAGUUUGCUCUCCCCGCGCAAUCCGCCGCCGACUACUCUGUCCCCGUCUCCCACCCACCUCCCCUAGGCACGUCACACUCGCCCACGAAACAGCAAAUAUUCCAAUUCUCGCACAGCACCGCGGCCGAUUUUUCCCGAUAA